AACAAUAGUCAGCUGGAUCUAUAAACAGGACACACAAAAAAAAUGCAUGUUCUCGCACGCAAGUUCGUAACCUGAUUCUGCCAUGCCAGCAUUGGCAGCAGUCCCAUUUAACUUUUGAUGACUGAGUUAUUGAGUUUAGAUGGAUUUCAGUAAGAAAGAAAACAAAACAAAAAAAGAAGGGAAAUUUCUAUGGGUGGUUGAUUCUUUUUCUCCCCUCUGGAACAGGAGGAAAGCAAGCAAAGCAAAGAGAUUAAAAGGGGCUUUCUUCUCGCUUUGCAUUUUCCCAGUUGUACAAGAGGGGAGAAGAUUAGGUGGCAAUGGCCAAGUGGCUGUUUGGGCAUCGAGGGAGGGACAGGGAAAAAAAUCCCAACCGAAACGAGUCUCUGGCUUUCCCGGACGCGUUUAAAAUCACAAAAACAAUGAAAUACUAUCAAAUAUUUUAAUUAUUGAAAAAUAUUAGAUGAAAUGAAGUAAUAAUUGAUACUCUCUCUACACAAAUCUUUCACUUUGAUACUGUGUUCGGGAAGAAAAGAAGGAAAAACAAAAUAAAAAUAAUAAUAUCACUCCGUCGUAGAUUGAUUGAUACAAAAAGGCUCACGUUCUGUUUUUCUCUGUUCUGUUUUUGUGGUUUUAAGUGGACACAUGCACCAAUAAAUUUCUCCAUUGUUUCUCCUCUAUUACUAUCCUUUCCUUUCAUUUGCCAUUGUCUCCAGCGACUAAAUUCUCUUUUUCUCUAUUCGGUUUCUGUCAUUGGUUCCUUCAAAAUAUCAAGGAAAAGGGUCAAGUUCCACUAUGGAAAGAAGUUGAAUUUUUUUUAUUCUACUUUUAAUUCUUGGCAUUGUCUCGAGUGAAACUUUUUCUUUUCUGGCAUUGGGUUCCUUAGAAUUAUCAAGAAAAAGGGUAUAGUUGGAAUCUUGGGAGGGAUUUAAGUGAAUUUUUUUCUCUUUGUAUUGUCUUCUCAAGUUAAAAACUGUUUUUUCCUUAAUUUUCUGGUAUUGGGUUCCUUGGAAUUUUAGAGGAAAAGGCUAAAGUUGGAAGGAGGAUAAAAGUGUUUUGCAUGAGAAGAUGUCGAUGCCAAGGAGCUAUAGCAAGUGAUGAAGAUGAGAGGGGAAUCAGUGUUGGGCAAAAAGACCAUUCUCAAGAGCGACCAUUUCCCUGGAUGCCAAAACAAGCGCUUGUCUCCACAGAUCGAUGGUGCUCCCAAUUACGGCGGAUUCAUUGCAUGUUCAUGGUGUUGUGAUUCCAACAAUUGUUGGAAUUCAAAAUGUUCUUAAGCAUAUUGGAGCCUAGAAAGAUGGGAAGCAAGCACAUGCUUUUUGGAUUAGUCUUCGGGAGGAACCGGUAGAACACAUUGAGGCACGGCUAAAGAAAGUCUGGUGGUCGAAUGCUUUUACAUUGUGAAGAAUAUAGCCCAUCAUCCAAUCAGUCUAAUGUUGUAGGAUACCGGGAAACCAUCUUUGCUGAUGAUGUGAAGACACCUGCUGAAGUAUAUGCUGCUCUAAAAGAUGAGGGAUAUAUAGCAUAUAGGACUUAGGAGGAUACCAUUAACAAGAGAGAGGGAGGCUUUAGCUUCUAAUGUGGAUGAAAUCCAGAACUGUCAAAAUGAGUUAGUAUCAGAAUAUCUCUCUUAAUUUCCUUAAUAAUUAUCAGUAUUUCUCCCUUAAUAAUCUCCUUCCACAUUUCCCACUCCCACCAGUUUAUGAUUGAUUGCUUUAUAUCAGGAGGGUUGGUGAUUUGGUGAUGAGAAACCUGACCACUCGGCCAAUGGUGUUUAGAUCCUUUAGAAGCCUUUUAUUUUAGUUUUGGUUAGGGGGCUUAGCAGGUUAAAAUUUCAUAGGAUCAUAAAGUGAAGCCCCUCAAAAGACUAUGGAACAGUGUCCAAGUGCUAUAUCUGAGAUUCAUGGAGUAGGACACAUUUUUUCUUCAAUUUUUUAUUUUAUCUACAGGAUGGCCAUUGUAGAACAAGUGAAAACCCAAAUAGUAAACUAAUCCAAAGACGUGGUAGACUGCAGCACUAGUUUUUUUUUUUUAUCAUUUGUCCAAUUACAGAACUGUACUUCCCUUUUUCUUUUUUUUUUUUUGGCUUGUAACCGUAUCGAAGUAAUCCAAAUAUCAAAUGUAAUGUUUGCUUUUCAUUUUGCUUUCUAUCUGUCAUAUUAAUCUUCGAAAAAGCAAAAAACAAAUCUUAAGAGUUAAAGAUUUUUCUUUCUUGUACAACAAAAUUCAUUAAAAACCAAGAUCACGCAUAGGAGCAGAUAUGGCAAGCAAGCACGAGCUGGAAGUUAACGGUUCGAUGUUUUCUAUUGCCUAGGAAACAGAAAAGUACUUUCGAUACCCGAUGUAACUAGAAAAAGAAAAGGGUUAAGUAUGUCUCAAAUUCAUGGACAUGGAUCUGAUCUUGUCUAGACCAUUGCCAUGUAAUUCUUUCCAUUGCUUUGAGAUAUUCAAAUAUUGUGUUGGUACAACAAAAUCCAUGUCACUCUCCAUGAUAAUCAAAGGCGGUAUCAAAUCUGAAAAUAUGUGCAAAUAAUAGAAUAUUAAACGUUUACAAAGAAAUCAAAAGACCGGUAAUCCUGGGCCGUUAGUCAACCGCAACAGACUCAUUGAUUGUUGAUGAAAGGGAUAUUUUGACCGUUGCAGGGAGAGAGAGAAUGUGUGUUACAGUGUGAGAGUGAAACCCGCACCCACAGUAUUUUUCAGUCGCUCUCUUUGAAUCCUGAAACCAGACUCUGUUUUCCUAUUUUUCCUUACAGAAAGCUGCAUCAUGAUCCCAAGGAGAGAACAUUAAGGGUGUAAAGGUCGGUGGUGGUGCGGGAAAACAAAUCUUUGCCAGCUUUUGCUUCCCAUUUUCUCUGCUUGGUCGGUAUCUUUCUCUGGAUAAAUUAAUGAACUCACCAUUGUUGUUUUCGUUCUUUUUCUUUCUUGGGUUGUUUCUUUUCUUUUGACUCAAGAAGAAGAAACAAUUAAAUAAAUAUGGGUUUCAUGCACAUGCAAGAAGGAAAGCCCAAGAAGAGGGAAACAGCGUACGGUCCUAACUGCAUCAUUAAGACUUCAACUGUAUAAGCAUAUUUGUUUAUGCAUUUAACUUAUAAAAAUGGUAAAGGCUUUUAUUCUAUAUUCUACUUGAGAAUCUCGAAAACUUAACUGGGUUUUCCAUUGGAAAUAGAUUUUUAUAUGUCGAAAAACAAUAAAAAGUCGGUGGUGUUGGGUGUUGGUCUUGUUCUUGGAGCCAUUCCUUGCUCCUUCUGGAGGCAAUUUUAUUUCAUUAAUUCAUCUUUUUUGCUUCUAAUAUUUGACCCUAUAAAGCAGGCAUUAACAUGGCUCCUCAUGGUUCGUGUGAACAUCGCUUAGAAACUUUACACGUUCUUUCCUUCAUUAUUAUUGCUCAUCAUGGUUCAUGUGAUUACGUAUAAUUUUUUUCAUUUUUUAUAAGUGAAUUGUUAAUUUAGUAAGAUUGCGUAAGCUUCUCUUCUCUUCUAAAGCUUUUGGUUUUGUAUUUUAUGAUUGAAAGGAUAUAUCAUUAUGACGUCGGCUGUUGUUUAAGUUAUCUUUAUAUGUUUGAGAUGGAACUAUAGUAACAUCAAAUCCCAAUAAAUCGGCAUUGAAAUUUUGGUAAGUAAUGAUCCGUUUUUCAAAAUAUUGAUUUUCUUGCUUUGAUAUUGUUGAGCAGUCAUCAAGAUAACAGAGAAGUGCAACUAACAGGAGGAUAACUGGAGAAGUGUCAAGAAAAAGGCUUGUUCUUGGGCUCUAUAUUCUUUCCUUGAAGAAGAGAAAUCUUUAAUAGUAAGAAUUUCGUUUAGAACACAGCCAAAAGGCAAAAAAUGUUGGGUUCUUGCUGUGGUCCAUCAUCAAAACUACCGCCAUCCAACCAGGACAGGAUUCUGUCAUCUUCAUUCUUUGGUAAUGCAGUGGGAAUAGGGAAAUCCAACAGUGCAAUAGCUGGUGUUGGGUUGGGGAAGACCAACAUCCCUAGGAGGAAAUAUGCUGCAACCAAAAGAUUUUCUAUCUCUGCUGUUCUAGCUGAUGUUGCGAAAGAUUUCAUGGCUUUCCGGGCAAAUAUUUUGCCAAAACAGGAGGCAGACCCCAAGACCGUUGCCUCUAUCAUAUUAGGUGGUGGAGCUGGAACUCGGCUCUUUCCCCUUACUCGAAGAAGGGCCAAGCCAGCUGUUCCAAUAGGGGGAUGUUAUAGACUGAUUGAUGUCCCCAUGAGUAAUUGCAUCAAUAGCGGGAUUAACAAGAUUUACAUCCUCACCCAGUUCAAUUCUCAAUCUCUCAACCGCCACAUUGCUCGGACAUAUAAUUUGGGCAAUGGUGUGACCUUUGGUGAUGGGUUUGUUGAGGUAUUAGCAGCUACACAAACAUCAGGUGAAUCUGGAAAGAAGUGGUUUCAGGGUACAGCAGAUGCCGUAAGACAAUUCAUUUGGUUGUUCGAGGAUGCUAAACAUAGACAUAUCGAGAACAUUCUGAUAUUAUCCGGUGAUCAUCUAUAUCGAAUGGAUUACAUGGACUUUUUGCAGAAGCACAUUGAUUCUGGUGCUGAUAUAUCUGUUUCUUGUCUCCCUGUGGAUGAAAGUCGUGCCUCUGAUUUUGGAUUGCUAAAGAUUGAUGAGAACGGACAGAUUAGGGAGUUUCUUGAGAAACCUAAGGGUGAAAGUUUGAGAUCGAUGCAAGUCGAUACAACUGUUUUGGGAUUAACAGCUCAAGAUGCAAAGAAAUCACCUUACAUUGCAUCGAUGGGUAUAUAUUUAUUCAAGACAGAAGUUCUAAUGAAACUACUAAGGUGGCAUUAUCCUGCAGCAAAUGAUUUUGGAUCUGAAAUCAUUCCACUGGCUAUGAAAGAUUACAAUGUUAAGGCAUAUUUAUUUGAUGACUAUUGGGAAGACAUUGGAACUAUAAAAUCCUUUUUUGAUGCAAAUUUGGCCCUCACAGAUAAGCCCCCCAAGUUUCACUUCUAUGAUCCCCUAAAGCCAAUCUUCACCUCUCCUCGGUAUCUACCACCAACAAAAAUAGAACACUGCCGGGUUGUGGACUCUAUAAUUUCGCAUGGCUGCUUCUUGAGAGAAUGCAGUGUCGAACAUUCCAUUGUGGGAAUUCGCUCAAGAUUAGAAUAUGGGGUAGAGCUAAAGGAUACAUUGAUGAUGGGUGCUGACAAUUACGAAACUGAGGCAGAAAUAGCAUCCUGUUUAGCAGAGGGAAAAGUUCCACUGGGUGUUGGGAGAGAUACUAAAAUUACGAAUUGUAUUAUAGACACAAAUGCGAGAAUCGGAAUGAAUGUUGUCAUUGCAAACAAGGAUAAAGUGGAAGAGGCAGAUAGACCAUCUGAGGGGUUCUAUAUUCGAUCGGGGAUUACUGUAGUGUUAAAUUCUGUAAUUAAGGAUGGAACUAUUAUUUAGUACAUUUCUCUGAGGUCAAU